ACUAGUGCAGACUGCAGCGGUGCAGCGAAAAAGAACAAGCCAAGAGUAGAAUCAAGAGUUGAACGCAGUUGAACGCGUGAAUAACCUCCAAAAAAGCACCACUGCUGCGGUCUGUUGUUACGUUAUUAGUUGUUACGAGAGAGAAAAUAAUUUGUAGCAAACAUGGAAUUUGCCGAAGAAUGGGGUAAUGAGGCGAGCGUCUCGCAAAAUGACGACCUCGAAACCGAAAAGAAGGAUGAACCGCCAUCGCUAUCGCCACUAUCGGCCCACCUUAUUCCUGGAUAUGAAACUUUUGACGAUUAUCUCCAGGAUGCGUUUGAUGCGAUGAGAGCUGGAAUCAAAGCAGCUAAUAAUUUGCCUGCUGGGGACAAUUUUAAUUAUUACACUUGCUUUCCAAGCUUUAACGACGCCAGACGCAAAGAUAUGGAGAGAAUGCUGGCUACAAUGCAGAGCAUAAUAAAAAUAGCAGGAGGUUCUAGCAACAUUCAAACUCGAGAUUGUGAUGAAAAAUUUGAUCUUUUAUUGGAAGCAAAUGACCAACUGUUAGAUCAAGCUAACAUAUUGAUGGACGAGGAAAGUGGUAUUCUACGAAAUCCUCAGGUAGAAUUGGUUGUAUCGCAAGUGCCAAAACCAGUUGUGAAUGGCACUUGGAAUAUAAGGACUAAUCAUUCCAACCAAGUUUCGGAGAAGGACCAAAGUUCAGAGAAAGUACGUUUGUUGGGUGGAAAAAAUGUACAAAGGCCACAGUUGAUGUUUAAGGAUAAAAUUGAUAAUAGUUCAAAGCCAUGGAUACCUCGAAUUAAGGAGAAACCAAACUCUCUAAAACCAUUAGCUCUAUAUGUUGAGGAAGGUGAACAUAACGAGGUCUUCAAUCACCCAUAUGAGUUUGAACUAAACAAGUUUCAAGUGCCUAAAUGUCAACUGAAAAAGAAGAGCACAUCUGUAAAGUACAAAUCAUUGGACGACACUAAAUUCAUAUUUAUUGACAAACCAGCUGAUAUCAGGAUUCUCCUGGAGGACCUGGGAAAUUGCAAAGAAAUAGCUAUCGACUUGGAACAUCAUUCUUACAGAACGUUUCAAGGCAUAACUUGCUUAAUGCAAAUAUCAACGACAACAACCGAUUAUUUAAUUGACACUUUGACUCUGCGAUCCGAAUUACAUCAACUCAAUGAAAUUUUUACAAAACCUUCGAUUCUCAAGGUCUUCCAUGGUGCAGACAUGGAUAUUUUGUGGCUACAAAGAGAUUUGUCUCUGUACGUAGUCAACAUGUUUGACACGCAUCAAGCCGCGAAACAGCUUAACCUACCCUACCUCAGUUUGGCUUAUUUGUUAAACAAAUAUUGCGGUAUAGAUCCCAAUAAACAUUUUCAAUUGGCCGACUGGCGUAUAAGACCUUUACCGUCAGAACUGAUGAGAUACGCGAGAGAAGAUACGCAUUAUUUACUUUACAUAAAGGACAUGCUGAACAACGAGUUAAUUGAGGCGGCUAAUGGCAAGAGCAAUAUUUUGAAGGCUGUGUAUGAUCAAAGCACCGAGAUUUGUAAGCGUACGUACGUGAAACCAAUUUGGACGGAGGAAAGUUGUAUCAACAUGUACCGAAAGAGUCAGAAGUCAUUUAACAACAAACAGAUGUAUGCGCUCUUGGAAUUGCACAAAUGGCGAGAUCUCGUCGCGAGGGAGGAGGACGACAGCAUCGGCUAUGUUUUGCCGAAUCACAUGCUGCUUAACAUAGCCGAGACUCUGCCACGCGAGAUGCAGGGUAUUCUCGCGUGUUGCAAUCCUAUUCCACCGUUAGUGCGACAAAAUCUGUUGAAAAUACACAAGAUGGUGUUAAAGGCUAGGGAGCAGCCACUUGUAAAAUCUAUUCCUGACCAAGAUAUUCGGCAGAGACUGACGCAACCAAAUCACACGAUGGUGGAUACUGGGGUUUCCUUCCUGUAUAUACCGCAUGAUAUUCCGAGCGGUACAGAAGCGAGAGCGGACUUGCCAUGUCUUUUGGAUAAGGAUCAUAAGGAGAUCGUGUCUAGACCGUUAGAGGCCAACGAGUGCCAAAUGGUCAAGCACACUGUAACGAUAUUUGACACACCAGUUAUAUCAGAGGAUGAAGAAAUGAAAGGCAAUAAGAGAGAGGAGAAAAAAGAGAUUAUAUUUGUAAGUCCGUUUAUGAGAUACAAAUGCGUUAUCCCAAUGGUAGUGGACGAGGAAGCAAAACAACGAGAGCAACGGCAAAAGAAAGAGCAUGAUAAAGAGAAAGAAGAAGAGGAUUUGACUGUAAAAAUCGAGGAUAAAUACAUAAACGAGACUGAGAUUAACGAAAGUAAAAACAGAGUUCAUCAACACUUUAUUCAAGUGUCUCAGACAAAUAAUCAAGUGCAGAUUUCAUCCAAAAAGAAAAAGAAGAAAUUUAAGCAGGUAAUUCUAAGUCAAAUACAGGGUGGAAAAAGAAAAAGAGACUUUAAUAAUAGAAAUAAAAAUCAGAAAAACAACGAUGGUAACGACUUUUCAAUGACGACGUCAACAUCAUGUUUGGAUGUUGGAACUGUGCAUAUGUCUAAAAAAACAAAACAGCAAGCACAGGAAGCGAUCGAAGAGCGGAAAGUGCAAGAGAGUCUCGCGCAAACUCAGGGCAACAAAUGUGAAACAGUUAAAUCGAUUAGAGCUAGGAAAAAAGGUGAUAAAAAAGUGAAUGAGAAACUGUUAAAAAGGCAGGGUAUGUUACCAUCGGAAAAAUUUAAUUAUAAAUCGGUAGACUUUAGCAGCUUUCAAGGUGGUAGUACUCAAAGUAACGCGAAUCAAACACAGUUUCAGCAACCUCAACACAAGAAGAAAAAGAUGCAUCAGAAGUGGAAGAAGCAGAAACUUAAUAUAUGAUUUGAUGAAAUUUUUUCCUUAUUUUACAUGAAUAAUUAUUUUAGUAAGAAAAAUCCUGACAACAAUAUAGAGAUUGUAUGUCGCAAUGUUUGGGAUUAAGUUAAUACUAAAUAUUGAUUUUUAUUUUGUGAGUUGUAGUUUUCAAUGAAAUUUUCCUGCAUUUACUAAAACAUGAAGGAUAUAUACUUGAAAA